AUAAAAAGUACGGAGUGCAAGAGGCGUGAUCAUACUAAUGGAUUCACGUCACAUUGUAGGGUCCGUCACGUUACAUCACCACCUCUGCGACACCAUCGACACACCACCAGGGAACAUGCUUCAAAAUUACAACCAGGGAAAAAGUGUUUGAUUUCUUGAGUUCAAGACGACAGGAGAAGCAAGAUGGCAAGUAAAGUCAAGAGAGUGGCGUCGUUCCACGUGGCGCGGAUAUGUGAGGACCCUGUCAUCCUGAUUGGUGAUAAGUUACCUCCGAAGCCCAAGGUAGACCAUGAUGAGAUUGAGAAAUUACUAGGGGAGGUUCCCCAAAGGCAGCAGUUUGUGCAGCAGCUGUAUGGCCAAGUUGAGUUUGAUGCAGAGGCUACCAGCCGGUAUAAUCGACGAUUCAGUGAAAAUGACUUCCAUAGUCACAGGACGUCUCCCUCCAAAGGUCAUCGAACCCAUUACAGUAACUCCCUCUACUGCGAACCCCAUCUGGAUACAGGGUCACCAUGGCGACGAGCAAUCACCAUCCAUGGAGUCCCCAAAAAUUCUAAGAGGUACGGGUCAGGCAGACACGCCAAGGAAAAUGGCGGGAAAAAUGGAAGCGCCACCGUCUUAAAAAAGUGUCGGACUGCUGAGGGAACUCUGAUUGAGGAAAACAGGGUUGUGGAUUCUAAAACGCCGUCCAGUGAAGCAAUAAGUAGAACUAGUGAGAAGGAAAAGUUGGAUGCAGGGAAUACAUCGGAGGACAACAACAAGGAUGGAGAUGACGAUGAUGGAAGUGGUAAGGAGAGUAUGCUGGAAUUGAGAAUUAAGGAGGAUGAUGAGACAAGCCAACAUGAGGAACUUGAGACAGAUGAGCAAAAAGCCGAGAAAAUCAAGAGAUUAUCGCCUGUGUUUACCCAUGAUGCAAGUUAUCGACAUAGAAAAAGGUCUUCCAGCCGCCGGCAUAAACCUCCAAGAAUUCAUAGUCUCCAACUCAACACUGAAAACCAUGAUGGUGAAGGUUUUCCCGACAACGGCCCCGGCUCACCCCAGCAUCUAACGGAGAUCACCGAUCUAGAGGAGGCAUCCAGGCUGGACCAGCAUGCCCUACAGCGCAUUGCAAAAGAGGCUGACUUUCAUCAUAUACUAGGAAGUCCCAUGGUCGGCAAGAAACAUCCUCAACUGGAGAGCAAAAGUAGUCUGUCAGGUCAUCGCUAUGACGACGUGGGUAUCAGUCGACGGAAAUCUAAGAUCUUAAAGACACCGUCACCAUCCUCGAGGACGUUAAGUUACCCCAGUGCACGCAGCCAUAAGCCUCAUGAGCUUUUUGUGCAGCUAGAUGAGCUCCAGCGCAGUGAGCAAUAUGCAGGGAUUGGAGCCAGUAGUAUCCAUUGGAAAGAGAAAGCUCGUUGGAUAAAGUUUGAAGAGGACCGAGAGGAAGGUUCGGACCGAUGGGGCAAACCUCAUGUUGCAUCUCUGACAUUCAACUGUCUUCCACAGCUACGCAAAGGGAUAGAGCAUGGACUUGUGUUAUUGGAUAUUCCUGAGACCCAGUUACCAGCAAUCUUCAAUGCCAUGGUAGAGGGAAUGCUUAAUGUGGAGUUAAUUCAACCAGAACAACAUGGAAUGGUUUUACGUAUGCUGCACCAGUCAUCCAGGAAGAAUGUGACUGAACAAAUAGGUCUUUUCCAGGCGUCUGUUCGGCGUCUGUCCAUGUAUGCCACCUCUGAGCCUCGUAAGACUUCUCUAAGCAUCUCACCAACAAGUAAUGCAACUCUCUUACCACCUUUUGUUGACAGCCAUACCAAUGGGGUAGAUGAGGUGAGGAUAUCCAUGCUAGAAAACAACAACAACAGCAAUGUAGACCUACCGUUGAGUAGACGUCAAACUAUGCACGGUGAUGGUAUCAUGCGCAAGAUCCCUGCAGGUGCCGAGGCUGCUAUCGUUAUGGUAGCCACUGAGGAAUCCUUUGAGGAGUGUGUCAUGACCCUUGUCAGACUGGAAGAAGCCACUGUGUUUGAGAACUUUCUUGAAGUGCCUGUUCCACUGAGGUUCAUCUUCUUUAUGGUUGGACCUAGCUUUGGGGAUACAGACUACCAUGAAGUGGGGCGGGCAAUGGCGACUCUGUUCUCAGAUGAGGUGUUCCGUGAUAUUGCCUAUACUGGUCUAGAUAAGCACGACAUGCUGAAGGGAAUCAGUGAGUUUCUGAAUGACACCAUGGUGCUACCUCCAGGAGACUGGGACCGAGAGUUACUUCUACCCAUCACUCGCAUCCAGAAGAAGGAACAGGCAAAGGUCAUGAGGAGACGCAAAACACUUAAACCAACCAAAGAAGACACAGAUGCCGUCAUUGCAUUCACCAAAAAGAUCCGCCUAGAAUUGAGCCUUGAUCCUCUAAAGAGAACAGGUCGUCUUUUUGGAGGUCUAGUGAACGAUGUCAAACGAAGAUACCCACAUUACUGGAGUGAUAUCACAGACGCCCUCAACUUUCAGUGCCUUGCUGCGUUUGUGUUCAUUUACUUUGCAUGUUUGUCACCUGCAAUUACAUUUGGGGGCCUUUUGAGUGAGAAGACUAAGAAGUGGAUGGGAGUGAGUGAGAUGAUUGUUUCUACAUCUGUCUGUGGAAUGCUCUUCUCAUUAUUCUCUGGCCAGCCCCUAGUCAUCAUAGGAGGAACGGGUCCAUUUCUAGUCUUUGAAGAGCAAAUGUUUGUGUUCUGUGAGACAAUAGGAAUAGAGUUACUACCGUUUAGAGCAUGGGUCGGCUUCUGGAUCUUCAUAAUAUCCAUCGUCGUGGUGGCCUUUGAGGGCAGUAUACUGGUGCGCUAUUUCACACGCUUCACUGAGGAGAUUUUUUCUACACUCAUAUCACUGAUUUUCUUAUAUGAGACCUACCUGGGCUUGUAUCAUACAGUCUGUGCCAAUCCUUUGCUUCCAGAGUAUUGCUUCGGAGAUAAUCUUCACCACGAUGUGAACCCAGUAACAAACCAUAUGUCCAACUAUACUGGGGAUGCGGACCUUAAUGGGAACUACACCGUCAAUGUGACUGCUCCGUUAGCAUACCAUGUACCCUCCUCAACGCCUUAUCCAACAAACAGCUACCACCAUUCAACAACCAUAUCACAUGCACCAGGCUCGCACAAAGAUCCUAACUGUUUGGAGUCCGCUGUUUCGGAAUCAUUUCACGGGGAUACGUGUUCACCUGGGCAUUGGACGCCUCGGCCAAACACAGCGUUAUUAUCUAUUAUCCUUACAUGCGGCACUUUCUUCAUUGCGUACUUUUUACGGAUCCUUCGGAAUAGUAGCUUCCUUGGGAGAACUUCCCGCCGCGCCAUGGGCAACUUUGGCAUAGCUAUUGCAAUAAUCUUGAUGGUGACUUUGGAUUACCUAAUAAAGGAUACAUACACACAGAAAUUGAGCAUCACGCAUGGUUUCACCCCAACAGAUCCCUGUAAGAGAGGUUGGAUUAUUAACCCAUUGGGUCUCAACCACCCACUCCCAGUGGGUGCCGUCUUUGGUGCAAUUGUACCCGCUUUUUUACUCUCAAUUCUUUUGUACAUGGAAAUACUCUUGACUGGGCAAUAUGUAAGCAAGAAGGAGCACAAGCUGCGUAAAGGGACCGGAUUCCAUUUAGACUUGUUUCUGAUGGGUGCGCUAUCUCUACUAGCUGGUCUCUUUGGUCUACCAUGGAUGUGUGCUGGCACAGUCCGUACUGUAUCUCAUCUUGGUAGUUUGAGUGUGCUGACUAGGACUGAAGCCCCUGGUGUCAAACCUAGACUAGAUCACAUCAAGGAUCAACGCAUGACAAAUUUUACUGUCAGCUUACUUAUAGGUUUGACUCACUUCAUAGCUCCUCUCUUGAGAGAAGUUCCUAUUGCCGUCCUUUAUGGUGUCUUCCUCUACCUUGGUCUCAGCUCCUUGAGUGGUAUCCAAAUUAUUGAGAGAAUUAAGAUCGUCUUCAUGCCAGGAAAACACCACCCGGACAAAAAAUAUGUCCGUAUGGUCAAAGCCUGGAAGAUGCACAUCUUCACCUUAAUCCAGAUCGUCUCUCUUGUUGUCUUGUGGGCGAUUAAGACAUCUAUUAUUGCAAUGGCAUUCCCCUUUGGCCUCAUCCUUCUUGUUAUCAUGAGACGGAAACUUCUUGGUUUGUUCUACACUUGGCCGGAACUAGAAGCGCUGGAUAGUGAAGAAGAAGAACAUGAAGGAUAUGAUGUGUCAGACGAGCCAUAAAGAACUCGUAAACUUUUGCAAUACUUGGAGCCAAGAGAGACAACUAUCAGCUACUUUCAAACUACACAAAAAAUGUCAUCUUGUCUAAUAUGAGAAGCUGAUUCCCCGGCUGUCCAUUAUAUUUCACCUUGCUUGAGUGUAGAAAAAAGGAGCCGUCUAUCUGAUGAUGACAGUGGUCGAUAUAGCCGCUCUAUUCUCCUAAAGAGCUGUUAACUUUUGAAAUAUUUGGAGCCAAGACAGAUGUUUGGCAAACUUGACAACAAUUUUUCGGAUAUCUUUGAAACCUUGGAAGCUUGAUUAUGGAAGGACAGAUGGACAGAAGAGGCUGUUAAUCUGAGAGUGCUCAAUUCUCAUUGAAAAACUGGAGUUUUCAACCUGAGUGUCUUCCUCUGCAGGCUCUUUAAAACAGCUUUUGAUGGCUGUAGACAGGGAGCAAAUAUGACCAAAUAGAAUCGACCAAACUGUAAUGAGUAUUAUCAAGACCAGAGAUUGUUUCUAUUGAUUGGAGUAGUUUAAGAAAAAUAGAAAUAACUUGGUUCCAAUUCGACAUCUUCUACUAAAGCAACUAAAGACAGCUAAAAUAUUAUCAUUGGAUCCCACAUUUAGAGGCAUUUUUUAAGAAAGAGUACAACGCAUAUUUUUACAUCAUAAGAUCAGUGUAUCUUCACAUUUGUUGGUCAGUGUUGUCAGUAACUGAAGUUUUAACAUAAUAAGAUUUCAAACAACCAUCUUACGGAGUAUCAUAGUAGUAGAUGUGAAAUGAAAUUAACUGCUUGAAAUUCAAAACUUUAUCUUCUUACAAAUAAUCAGUACAACAGCAUUUGUAUCUGUUAGCAGCCACAUUGCUUAUUCCAUCUGAUGGAGGUAAACACCCAAAUGCAAGAUUUACAUCAAAUAAGUAAGGUUUUCCAUUGAUUUUGUUAUAGUCACAAUUAUGAGACACUGGGGGAGUCUGUGAAACUCACAGAGUCAAAUAAUUUUGAAUAUUUUAGACACUUAAGCCUGCAUAAACAUUGGUUAUUAUCAAAUACCAGUAUCCGCACUUGAUGUGAUCCAACACAUGAAAUAACGAACCUCUAAAAGUAACAAGAAAAUAGUGAACAACUUUUCAAAAAAUGGGAUUUUAACUCAAAAGAUAACGAGUAAAUUAACAAGUAAAUAACAAGUAACUCAAUUCUCAACAACAAAAGUGAUUUGCCCGUGUAUUUUUUUCCACAGAACUUUGGAAAGUACUGAGUACACAGUGCUUGAUACACAAUGGUGUAUGGGUAAAAACAAAUUACACAAUCAUUAUUGGUCACCAUGACUGAAAAUAGGGAGAAGUCCAAUAUAUUUGCAUUGUUUGGUUCAAUGGGGAGUAAGUUGCAAUAUUAUAACAACUGACCUUUGACAUGAAUACAAAUCUUUCCAUCUGUAUUUCCUAUUAGCAUUUGCUGCAGUCUUUUUAUACUGAUAUAGUCUGUAUGUAUUAUCAUGAUAUGUUGUUGAUAGAUCAAUCUCUGUAAAUGAUAUGUAUGAAAGAAGAAAAAUAUAUAUGCAAUUUUAACACAAAUUUAGUAAAGAUGGGCACAAUUAAAUUGCCCCUUUUAUUUUUGUAGAUUAUUCACUGGUCGUUAUCUAUAGUGAAGUAAAUAACAAGUUUAUGAUGUUAUUAUAACCAAUGUCUUAUACAUGUCAUUAAUUUAACAAAAUAAUAAGGACACUAAACCUGAUAUGCCAAAAGCUUGAUCUUAAGUAAUGCUGUGUGAUGUCAUAUGUUAAACAUUUCACUUUCUUGUGAAGUAAUUAAUCAUUUCAUUGACCAAUCCAUGUUACAUAUACAUGCAUUGGGUUUUAUUUGCAUGUUUAUAUUUAAAUAAAACACUUAACAGAUGCUUUUUGUUUGCUACAUCAACUGUCCAGAGUUCAAAAAGUUUUGGAACAAUUCUUUUUUUGUACGACCCAAAACACAAACUUGUUGAUAUCCUCGUUUUAAAAAUGAGUGUCACACAAGGCCAAACCUUAUUAACAAGCGCAGGAGUAUUUCUUACUCACUUCAGUUUCAUCUCAGGAGAAAUCAUUCAAGUCUGACAGGAUGUGGAAAAAUAUUGAGCAUUAAACAUUGAUAAAAAUGUGACUUAACAUUUUAUGAUUACCUUCAAGGUUGACUUAUUAUUUUUUGCUCAAUAGGUAGAGCGCCGGCACAUUUAUGCGGAGGUUGUUGGUUAAAAUCCCGCUCUGGUAAUUUUGUAUUUGUUCAACCCCAAGUUAUUAUAUAUUUCUGCAAACUUAAAAGAUUGACAUGAAUAUCGAGUUUAAAAUAAAUAGGAAAACAAGUUGAAUGAUCAUUAAAACGAGCACAAUUUUAUCACUGCCUAGUUAAUAAAUUUAUUUCAAAAAUAAUGUUGCAUGUUUUUAUUUACACGUAUAUAAGAAGGACUGCAUCUAGAAGUUGAAAUUUUAGGAAAAUAAAUUUAUUAAAAUAUUAUGUGUUAAGAGUAUGAAUAUAAAGAUGAGGCAGGAUUGUCCACAGCCCACCACCAGAACCACAUCAAGUAUUCCCACAUUAAUUGUAAGACGUAUAACUUUGUAUUAAUUCCACCAUCAAUUUAGCUGCAUUGGGUUUAAGAAAUUAGAACUCAUGGCGUUUUUGAAUUAUAUAAUUAAACAUUUGAAUGACUGAGUGGUAAUUUUUAGCUACCUUCAAAUUACCUUUUAAAUUGUUUCUUUUUUAGCAGACUUUUUCUGUUAUCAAUAUAAUUUUUGUGGAUGCUCUGUUCAACGAAAGAACAAUUUUCUUUGCGAGUAGUUGUGUUUUGAUUUAUUCAUAGGUUGCUUUUUAAUACAUGCUUUUGCAGACACCUUUGCAGAAAGAGUUCAAAAUGAAGUGUUUAGUUUCAACAUUUUGCCUCGAGGAUUACACAAUUGAGUUUGAUUACGAAAAGGGUUUAUUAACAAAUAAAUGGGCAUUUGUCUUCACAAAGAACUUUUAACUCGCAGAGAAACUCAUUUUGAUUUGACUGGCAAAUGAAAAUAAUGACUGUGUAUCUUUAAAGAAGCUUUUGUUAAACCUGGUGUUUUUAUUAUUUUGAAGUAGAUAAGGAUUCAUUAUAUUUAUAUGUAAGGAUUCUGAUAAAUAUGCAAUAAAAUUGAA